AUGUCUUCAGAUAACCAGUGGUCAGCAGAUGAGGAAGAAGGCCAACUCUCCCGGCUGAUCAGGAAAUCUAGGGACUCCCCAUUUGUCCCCGUAGGAAUAGCAGGUUUUAUGACUGUGGCGUCCUAUGGUCUUUACAAGUUAAAGUACAGAAAAGAUCAGAAAAUGUCCAUUCAUCUUAUUCACAUGAGAGUUGCUGCCCAAGGAUUUGUUGUAGGAGCUGUGACUCUAGUGACAGGGGAAAAAAUGAUGCCCUUCAUCUUGGAGCCAAACAUGGACCUGGCCAAGGAGUCAGAAAAGGUGAAGGAGGAAAUUCAGCAGAAGCCACAGUAG